AUGGUUAAAGGUGGUCAAAUCAUAUUUACAGGAUUAUCAGAUAGUAUUUCAUUUGCUGAUUUAAAUGUUGGUUUCGAAUUAAAAUAUCCUACGAAUUUUGGUGUUCCAUUCAAGUCAAAGUUUAAAGGUGAACCAUUUGAACACGUAGAAUUUAGCAAAAAUACAGUAUGCGAAAAUCUUAUUAAGGUAAACGAUAAGAUUGCACCCGAAAAGAUUCAACCACAGUUACUUAGUGAAGUUGAAGAAAAGACAAAUAUUAUAAAAAAAGAAAAAUGUGUUUUACAUGAAUCAUUUGCCACAAUACAAGAGGAAAUGAAGAAGUUAAGUGAAAUUAAAGAAUUAGAAGAUAGUGAAAAUCAAUUUGAAGUAAACAAGUAUAUUAAAUUGCUAGAUCCAGAACUAGAAAGUCAUUGUUUAGUUUUACAAUUAGAAUUUUGUUUAUUGAUUGACAAUAUUUUAUUAUGUAAUCGCAAAUGUAUAACUUCAAGUAGAGAAUCAAAGUUAUCAUCAAUUAGAAAUAGGAUUAUGAGAGCAAUUUGGUUUGAAAGAGAUAAUUUAGAGAAAGAGAAAGAAUGUCAGAUAAGAUAUUAUUUUCAAAUAUAUACAAGGAAUAAAGAAGGAAAUCAAGUAAAUGUAUAUAUCAAUAAUUCAAUGAGAGAAUUAGGUCCAAAAGAAUUUUCUAAAGCAAGAAUAGGUCUAUUUUUAGUGUUAAAAAAGGUCGUUAAAGGUUUGAUGUUCAAGAUAAAGUUCAAAGAUGGAAUUGAAACUGUCACAUGUUUAACAUAUAUAUACAUUCAUGUCAACUUGUUUAUGAUAGUAUAA